UCAAGAUGACGCGGUGACAUUGCUGGAGGGCCUGCAAAGCGCUGGGAUGAAGGUCUUAAGGGUUUGGUUGGACGGCGAGGCAGAGACUCAAAAGGGCACUAACAUCAAUCCGUCUCCCAACCUCGAGCCAGUUCAAAUUUGCAACGGCGUUGCCUCAUGCUACAACGACACCGUCCUAGAUCGUCUGGACGACUUCAUGGUCCUCGCAAAUAGCUACGGCAUAAAGCUCUUAAUCGACAUGCAUAGCUUCAACGCGCUCUCAGCAGGCGACGUGUACGGGGCCGCAUACGGAAUAGCGGAUUUCUACACGAACACCACAGCUCAGGAAGCCUUCGACGCCCGUCUGAACUCAGCGAUUACCUAUUUGGGCAUCGAAGCGGAGAACGAGGCUAUGAUAGGCAACGGUCAAGCCUCCAUUGAAGAUCAUCAACAAUGGCAAUGCGACCGCGCAACCACAAUCAAAACGGAGCUUAAUGGCAACACUGGGCCUGAAUAUCUCACAUGCCCCUCUCUGGACGUCAUCUCCAUUCACGCUUACGCCGUCACGGACUACUACACCUCAUCUAUCGACAGCUAUGUUCAGCAGGCGGUCAACGCAGGGAAAAUGUUGAUUAUGGAGGAAUGGGGUACGUGCUAUUACAAUACGUCGAACAACAACUGUUCGGACGGCGGCGCCCUCCCCGCCGACACACGCAACGCUAACAUUCAGGGUUGGGCUGCCAAUAUCACGGCUGCUGGCCUGCCCUGGCUCUACUGGGAGGUUAUCCCGAACGCUGACCCGCAUUGGGACGGCGACUCCGAGAUUGGGGUCGUUGACGACCCGUCCUGGACCACCCUACAACAGGCUGCUCAAGACGCACUUAACGCCCCAGCUGCAUUUGAUUUCUCGGCUUAUCUGUUGUAAAGUCUCGGAGGAAUCUUUGGUGUGUCGUGUCGACCGGCGACAUGUUCUCACUGUAGCACCACAAUCUUGUGCUUUCAAACCUUUAUAGUACGUCGUGGAGCGUUGCGAUGUUUUCUUUGUGACACCCAAGCAACGCCUCACCUGUAAGGGCCGCUCGGAGACUAUCUGCUUAUCUCGCCCAUCGCUUUCACUCAACCUUCGACCCCUAUGUGCUGAGCUGCCAUGCUUCAGAAGUAUGGAAGUCUUACGGAUG